UCCAUGUAGACGGUUCAUCGGCCCCCACUUGCAGAACCUGUUGUCAAGUGAAUCCCUCGCUCGCUACUGUUUUCGCUUUGGAAACGGCAGCUCGUUACAGGCUCUGUGCGCUUUUACCCAGCGUCAGCUACCAUCAUGGAUCGACCUGUCGUCGUGUGUAGAGUGUUGUCGCCUUUCAGGACUCGACUGUGGUUAGUGCGAUAGCGUCGUGUCCUGCGACCUUCGUUCCUGGAGUAUUAUGUGUCGACAAGUCGCGAAACCUUCCCAAACGGCUUCUUUGCGGGUCUGUAUCCUCCCACGUGAGGCGGUGCUGUCAUUCCAUUUUCUGCCCUCCUACCAGGACAUAUCUCGCGGUUCUUCGGACAUGCAAAACGCGAGGACUUUUCGCAAGCACUGAAGAAGCGCCAUUGGAUUAUUACCUAAGCGCAAAGCCAAGAACGAACAUUAAGGACUAGUGGAUUACAUUAUGUCUUAUUAGGAACAACUUUUUUGUGUGACUUUAACCAAUUGUGGACGUGCGUCUUCAAGUGUCUCUUUGCGAUGGUGAGGUGACCCUUAUGCCAUGCAUCGUAGCACCGUGCUAGCGGUGCUGUGGACCUGCCUAGUGGGUCAGGUCUGCUGCUCGGGUUACUUCGAGCUUCAGGUGUUGGGAAUAGACAACCCGCGUGGCGAAGUGUCGGAUGGUGCCUGCUGUGGUGGUGGCAGAGCGCUGCGUGCAAUAGACGGCACGUGCUUGGCGCGCUGCAAUACUUUCUUCAGGCUGUGCCUUAAGGAGUACCAGUCGCACAUCAGCGCGGCUGGGACGUGCACCUUCGGCAACCUUAGUUCGCCCAUCAUCGGUGGAAAUUCCUUCUCUGUAAAAACUCAUCCGGACAAGCAAGUGCUGUUGCAGUUGCCCUUCCACUUCCGAUGGACGAGAUCCUUCACACUGAUCUUAGAAGCCUUGGACCACAACAACCACACGGAACCAUAUACGGACAGCAUCAUAGAGCGUCUGGUGUACUCUGGUCUCAUACUUCCAAGCGCCGAGUGGCACACACUUAGGCAUCCCGGACACAGGGCGCAGUUAGCGUACAAGAUACGGGUCACAUGCGCCCCCAACUAUUACGGCCCCACCUGCUGGACGCUGUGCAAGCCUCGGAAUGACCGUUUUGGCCACUAUCAGUGCUCCAAGAACGGCGACAAACUGUGCGACCCCGGCUGGACCGGGGCAAACUGCGAAACGCCCAUAUGCAAGCAAGGAUGUCAUCCCACCCACGGCUACUGUGAGAAGCCCGGCGAGUGUCUAUGUCGCCACGGUUGGAAAUCGGAGCUGUGCGACCACUGCAUGCCGUACCCGGGCUGCAAGCACGGUUACUGCAAUAACACGCCAUGGCAGUGCAUCUGUGAUAUCAACUGGGGUGGCAUCCUCUGUGACCAAGAUCUUAAUUACUGUGGAACGCACGAGCCGUGUCUGAACGGAGGCACCUGCGAACACACGAACACGAACGACGUCAAGUACACCUGCAGGUGCAGGGACGGCUUCUCGGGCAUAAACUGCGAACUAGGACAUGGAAAUGUGGACCACCCAUGCCUGACGUCGCCAUGCCUGAACGGCGGGACGUGCACAGAGCUCAACCACACCUACACCUGCACAUGCCUGCCCGGAUGGUUCGGAUUGCGCUGCCAAAAGAAUGCGAACGAGUGUGCAUCGAACCCGUGCCAUAACGGAGGUACCUGUCUCGAUCUGGUCAAUGGAUUCCGCUGCCUCUGCAAACCGGGAUGGGAAGGAAAGACCUGCGAGCUCGACGCGGACGAAUGCCUGGGACGCCCGUGUGUGCACGCGGUCAGCUGUCGCAACUCAGCCGGUGGCUACCGGUGCGAAUGUGAGCCCGGCUGGUCAGGCAAGAACUGUUCCGUGAACAGCAACGACUGCGUGGGCCAGUGCCGAAACGGAGCUACUUGUAUCGACCUGGUCAACGACUACCACUGCGCCUGUCCUCCGGGCUUCACGGGCAGGGAUUGCCAGACCAAUGUAGACGACUGUGCCGCCAAACCCUGUCAACAUGGAGGAGACUGCGUUGACUUAGUGGCAGGAUACCGGUGCAUUUGCCCCGUUGGAUACAGAGGACUCAACUGCGAGGUCGAUGACGACCCAUGCAACCCGAACCCAUGCUCCAACGGUGCGUCCUGCUUCAACCUCGGCCAGAACGAUUAUUACUGCCACUGCUCCUCCGACCGGUGGGAAGGGAAAAACUGUACCGCACCUCGGCGCACCGCAGCGCGCUGCGCAAGACCACCCUGCAACGGUAGACACAACACCUUCGCUGUUGCUAGAGACGCGCUAAUCUAUCAUGUUUUUUCGCCAGACGCGGACAGUUGUUCAAUGGCAGCGGCGCCCAUGUCCCCGUCGGGCAACGUAUGUGGGGCCCACGGACGAUGUCUGGGACGGCCUGGAGGCGGAUUCGCCUGCCUCUGCGACCCGGGAUAUACGGGUACAUACUGUGAUGAAAACAUCAACGACUGCGCCAGCCAGCCGUGCCACAAUGCAGGGACCUGUGUGGACGGACUCAAUUCCUACCGCUGCAUAUGUUCAGACGGAUGGGAGGGGCUUCAGUGUGAAAGAAACAAGAAUGAAUGCCAGUCAAGCCCGUGUCAAAAUGGAGGUAUCUGCACAGACCUCAUAGCGGACUUCCACUGUGAAUGCCAAGGCAGAUGGAAGGGCAAGACGUGCAAUCUACGCAACUCACAUUGUGAUGGAAACACUUGUCAAAACGGAGGGACGUGCCAAGAUGUCGGAGACACGUUCAUCUGCCACUGCCCAGAAAGCUACCGAGGAAACACUUGUCAAAUUCCAAAGAGAAACGGAUGUGACACGAACCCUUGUCAGAAUGGGGCAACAUGCGUCAACAAUGGUCACAGUUUUACCUGCGUUUGCCGAGAAGGCUUCGAAGGAAAACUUUGCGAAGAGAAUCUGGAUGACUGCAUAGCCAAGCCAUGCCAUAACGGAGGCCGAUGCAUUGAUGGCAUCAAUUGGUUCCGCUGCGAGUGCGCACAAGGCUUUGCAGGCCCAGACUGUCGCAUCAACAUUGACGAGUGCGCCUCCAGCCCUUGUGCUCAAGGCAGCACCUGCGAAGACGCUAUAGGAGACUUCGUCUGUCGUUGCCCACCUGGCCGCACUGGCAAACAGUGCAACGUUGUGUUAGUGACCCCGUCAAGCCACAAGCCGUGCGAGUGGAAAGGUACCCUGUACCCCGAGGGAAGCCGUUGGGAGCAACACUGCUCGCUCUGCAGUUGCAACUCUGGAACUGUUUCCUGCGCUCCGACACGCUGCUCCACCUCAGAAUGCGAUCCUUCCGGAAACACACCCACAUGUCCAGCAGAUCAGACCUGCAUCGCAGUCGCUUCCGAAACCUGCUUCGUCGCUCCCUGCAGUGGUGUAUCUCGAGGAGAGUGUCGUGCCCUGGCCGCGAGCAAUGCCACCACAGCCAUCGCAGAAGGAAUCAACCCAUUCUGCCUUCCAAACUCUGCUGAACUGAGCAACAACUGUGCAAGGAUCGCACUGCUGUUCGAUCGCAGGAGCAUACCACCCGGAACCACCGUGGAGUCAAUCUGCAGCAAAGUACGGAAGCUCUCUACCCGCCACUCCGUCCUUAUUCUCUGCUCUCCGAAGCUCUCCGACCCAGACAGCAUACAGGUCACAGUGUCGACGCUGUCAACGCCGUCGGCGACCACGUAUGCGGCUGUCAGUGAAACUGCUAAGUAUUUAGCAGACGUAAUCAGCCGCAAGAUGACUAACACAUCUGUUCUUGGUUUUGUAAUCGAAGUCAAGGUGGAAACAUCAUUUGUCAGUCCUCAACAGAGGAGCAGUGGACGAAACUACCUACUCGCAGUCACAGUCACCUUCGUCGGCCUCGCUCUUCUGGCCAUCUUUGUAGCCCUCACUGUGUGGUACUUGCGCUCCCACCACUCCUUGUGCCAAGAGGUCCCCUCCACGUGGCCCUCCCCACUUCCCUCCAUCAGCCGGAAGCUGGAUCCGCCAGGAGACCCCGAGCACGACAAAUCCAACAACCAGAAUGAGGAGAACAUCCGAAGGUUCCAGAACCCACUCCGUGAGAACACCGAGCUGUCGGAGCUGGACCCGCGGACGUCUGACUUCUUCAAGGCGCCCUCGUCGGAUGUAACAAAAAAUACAAAUCAGUUACGGGAGGUGAGAACGAAGGAAGUCGAAAAGGACAACAGUGGCCUACUCAAGCCAUCUACUUUGAAAAGACUUCCAAACGACAAACCAGUGGUCGUGCUCGUGUGAUUCAAGACUGUGUUGUUAGGGUUGUUAUAAUUUAAAAAACGGAAAGAGUGCUCGGACUCCAAACACUCCAAGUGGUGGUGCGAUGGAUGUUCACCGUGAGCCAGGCGUAAGUUAUGAAAUGUGUGAAAAUGGAACAUUUCCGGUGUGAACCGUAUAAGUGCCAACAGAAGGUGAGAGUGUUAUAUAAUAGAAAGAGACUACGAAGUAUUAGUGACAUCAAAGAAACAGGGUGAAGCAGUACAUGAAGUCUGGCAACAUCUGUGCUGGGAAUGAAGCAUAGUUCUUGGAUCUCAUCGACACGCAUUUCAGCACACGACAGCAGUAGGUGUGCUGAAACGUCCCAAUGAAGCAGCGCAGAAACUUGGUGCACAGCAUCAAAUCUCAACACUCAGCCUGGUACAAGAAAGUAUUCAGCAUUCCAGUAGACAACGAACCAUGUGUGUGCCACAUAUUUUAUUGUCCCGUUUUCUCCAGACAUUUUCUGCGUAAACGCGUACAUGUGAACACUUUCCGUUUUUUUUUUUUUUUUUAUCGCUGUGCCAGCAAAACACUGUUAGAUGUAUUAGAGAGUUAUCAGUAACCAGACCGAGUAGAUCGCACAGCUAACAAUGCCACAUGCACGUUUUAGCACUGAAAUGCAGUGCGGUCAAUAUCCAGGCAACCAUGCAAGCACCACCUUCAACAGUGGUGUACCCAAUUUUCUAGUAAUUUUAUGCAACUGCCAAUAGCAAUCUGCAUCAACAAGUACCACUUCUUGAAGAAAGAUGUAGCAGCCCCUGCUAAAGAAAAUUAUCAUUCUUGGUUGACCUUGAAUGAUAUCAUUUAAUGUUUGGUAAAAAAAAAUAAUAACUACAGUACAAGACCUAUGUGCAAACUUAUAAGCUUUCACUGGAUGCUUCAUGCUGGAAUCUUUAACACACUGGCACUAACCAACUCAAUAUAGAAAUUUGUGUGGAAGUGAAGUAUAACCACACAAAUUAGCCGUCAUUAAUUUACAAAAUGAGCUCCGAAUAACUUGCCUCACAAUUUUUUUAUGGCACACCUACUGUUUUUAAACGUGCUGGUAUAAUUUCCUCUAAAAAAAAAACUCUACAAUGCUGUCCUCUACACUUUCACUUUGCAAGCAUUGUUUCGUAAGACUUCAAAAACAUACGCUUAAGUCUGAAAAGUUACACUUUUGCAACGCCAGACCCUAGUCUAGUCAUCUGUGUCCGAGUUUUGAAUGCCACCAUUGCUUGCUACAUUUUUUUCGUCCCGUUUUGCAAAGAGAUGCAAGCAUCAGAUCGACAACAUGUACAGCCUGCUUGUCAAUAAACUGUAAAUGUGGGAAACAAUUACCCUCUCAGACAGUUCAGAUGCAUGUAAAACACGUCCAGUGAGAAAUUAAUGCAUCUAAGAGGGAGGCGCAAUGAUCACAACAAUAUUGUGAACAUGUACAUGAGUAGGCAGUCAUUUGCGUCGCUGUAUACUGAUGAAUUUGUGCAAAUAUAAAUUGUGUACCUUACAUAAUGUGAGCAUUAAAAUGUG